AAUUGGCGCAUGCGCGGCGCGGCCCGCCGGUGGUGGAAGCCGUCCGGCUGCGCGAUGCAUUUCGGGCGUGAUUGAGGAAGUAAAAUGGCGGACCUCGCGAACGAAGAAAAACCUGCCAUUGCUCCACCCGUCUUUGUAUUUCAGAAGGAUAAAGCACAGAAGUCCCCUGCAGAGCAAAAAGCUUUAUCGGAUUCAGGUGAGGACCCUCAGGGAGAGGUUGAGUCCCCCCGCCAUGCUCUGGGUCACAAAGAACCAGCUGAGGAGUGUAACCCUGAUCUUCCUGCUCCUGCUGUGGCCUCAGCCAGUGAUACCCCGAGUCCUACUGCUGCAGCCCAGCUUGCUCCUAUUCAACAGGAACUGGCAGGGAGGUCAGCAGAUGGGUCGAGUCCAGAAGAUGGAGAUGAGUCUGAUCGAGAGGAUGGGAACUACUGUCCGCCUGUGAAGCGUGAGAGAACUUCAUCCUUAACGCAGUUCCCUCCUUCUCAGUCAGAGGAAAAGAGCAGUGGAUUCCGGCUAAAACCGCCAAUCCUUAUUCAUGGUCAAGCUCCUAGUGCAGGUCUCCCAAGCCAGAAACCGAAGGAACAGCAGCGAAGUGUGCUCCGUCCUGCAGUCCUACAGGCACCACAGCCAAAAGCUUUCUCACAGAUGGUUCUGAGCAGUGGGACCAAUGGUGUAAAUAUCCCACCAGAUUGUGCAGCAACAUCAGAAUCACUAAGUAAUGCAACACUGAAAAGCUCUGACUCAGAAGACAAGGCUGGAGAAUGUCAGAAGAAAGAGUCUAACAGUACUUCAGAUGAUGACAGUGGUGACAAGGCAGAACUAAAUGCACAGCAAGCCUUUGUAUUUGGACAGAAUUUAAGAGAUAGAGUUAAGCUGGGAGAUGAAAGCGAUGAAACUGCUGAUGUGCAAAAUGCUGGCCUUCCAUCAUCAGACACCCCUUCUGCAACAAACUAUUUCCUACAAUACAUCAGUUCCAGUAUAGAGAACUCUACAAACAGCGCAGAUGCAUCGAGCAACAAGUUUGUUUUUGGACAGAACAUGAGUGAGCGAGUCCUAAGUCCACCAAAAUCAAACGAAGGCAGCACAGAGAGUAAUAAGGAGAAUGCUGCUACGGAGUCUGGGUCUGAAUCAUCUUCUCAGGAAGCCACACCAGAGAAAGAAUCCCUGGCCGAGUCUGCUGCAGCCUAUACAAAAGCAACAGCGAGGAAGUGUUUGUUAGCAAAGGUGGAAGUGAUUACUGGGGAGGAAGCAGAAAGUAAUGUUUUACAGAUUCAAUGCAAGCUGUUUGUAUUUGAUAAAAAUUCUCAGUCAUGGGUGGAAAGAGGUCGAGGGCUUCUGCGACUCAAUGACAUGGCUUCAACAGAUGAUGGGACGUUACAGUCGCGACUGGUGAUGAGGACUCAGGGGAGCCUCAGGUUAAUCCUAAACACCAAGCUCUGGGCUCAGAUGCAGAUUGACAAAGCCAGUGAAAAGAGCAUCCGGAUCACUGCCAUGGAUACAGAGGACCAGGGGGUUAAAGUCUUUCUUAUAUCAGCGAGCUCUAAGGACACAGGGCAGCUGUAUGCUGCACUGCACCACCGGAUCUUGGCGUUACGGAGCAGAGUGGAACAAGAGCAAGAGGUCAAGAAUGUGGCACCAGAGCCAGAAGUAACACAAUCAAAUGAGGAGGACAGUGAUGAUGAUGUCCUUGCACCUUCAGGAUCAGUGGGAAGUGGUCCCAGCGAUGAGCGUGACGGGCAGAAUGCCAGCAGCACAUAGCAGACGUGAGCCCCCUGCUUGCAAGGCUGCUACGAACACCAUCUUGCAGGCAUCUCUCUGGACCCCCCCAGGCCAGCUCUUGUUUCAGGCAGUGUUGAAGGCUCCAGGACUUAAGAACUGUGCAUCCCCGUUCUGUUGGUUUGGUUUCUUGGUCUGGAUCAGUAGAUUCCACACACACACAAAACAGCAGACUUGGAAACUACCUGAAUGUGGUUUGGGACGUGAGAAAGCUCAUCAUAUUGAUGAGCAAAAAAAAAAAAAACACAAA